AUGAGCUUCGCGUCAUUGCCACCGGAAAUACGUCUAGCCAUCUGGGACCUCUGUAUCCCACGAUGUUUGCGAACUACAAACGAAAGUUUGCUGACUAUCCAGCAGUCUAAUCAGGUUAAACAUCACGUUCCUGGUGUCUGUGGCCCACCGCAAAUAGCUCGAGUCUGUCGAGAAGCUCGAAAGGUUGCCUUGAAAGAUGGACGGUAUUACGACAAUAUCACCGAUUUCCACAAAGGCAGAACAUGGAUCAAUUGCCCCCGCGACAUCAUUUACAUUGACGGGCUGUUCAAACCAAGUUUAGCAACUCACAGAAACCAUGUCAUGAGCGUGGCAGCUGCAGCCCCGGCCGUCGCACUUUAUAUUCCAUGGCAUCGCCGGCGACCAGGUCGCGCCUUUCAUUCUGGUUUCCUCAUAAAUGAUCAUCUCGCGCAUCUCAUCGUUUGCGAGGACCAGUUCAAAGUGGAAAUGACGUAUGAGCAGGCAAUUGAACUGGGGAUAUUUGGGUUGUGGGCGGAGAAUAGAUUUGCCAUGGUGAAGCCGGGAGAAGUACAAAUGCUGGAUAAACUGGCCAAUUUUCAACCAGUUUAUCAGAAAACGAACUUCCAAAAUGGCCUUUCGCAGCACCUUCUCGGAGAGGCUCCUGCUCUAGCAGCUUGUUCGUCUACGGUGCGAACUCGUGCUGUUCGCAACAUGGUUGAGGACUUGUGGCUGCAGUGUUUCAUGAUGGAUAACAAGGACGCGGAUGGGAAGAUGGAUGAGUCGCCUCUCAUUAUUGCACCUGGUGGAGUUUUGGAGGGAUUCCGCCGAGAGCAUACUUGGGUGAGAGAGACUUUGAAGGCUAUGCCGAAGAUUGAACUUGUUUUGGUGUUUCAACUGUUAGUUUGCUAG